CCCGCCUUCGGGCGGCCGGGUGCGGCGCUGCGUCUUCUCGGAGCCGAACCGGGCCGUCCCCGCGGCGGCCUUCACCUUCCUCCCCUUCCUGGUGGCUGGGCUGGGGCCUGCCCGCGGCCCCGGGAGGAGAUGGAGGCGGCGGCGGCAGGGCCGGGCGGCGGCGGCAGCAGCUGAGCGGGGCCGGGGAGGCGCCGCCGCCGCCCGCAGCCGGGCGGGGGGAUGCGCCGGCAGCCGGGGCCGCCCGAGCGGGCCGGCCGUGCCUCCGAGUGAGGCGGGACCCCGCCGCCGCGGGCCGGGGCUGCGGGCAGCGGCGCUGGAGGGCCGAAAGUGCCAACUUUAUAUGGCUCAUCUGACAACAUGCACCACCGGUGGCUGCUGCUAGCUGCAUGCUUUUGGGUGAUAUUCAUGUUCAUGGUUGCUAGCAAGUUUAUCACAUUGACUUUUAAAGACCCAGAUGGCUAUGGUGCCAAGCAAGAGCCAUUGAUUCUGACAGCUGUGACAAAAGUGGAGGAGGUACAUGUGCCAGAGGAAAAACAUUGGCCAGAGGAAUUCCAGCCAACUGGAAAAGCUUUUUCAGGAAAUCUGAUCCGCCAACCCCUGGUUCAUAUGGAAAGACUUGAGCUUCUCAGGAAUGUCUGCAGAGACACUACAUUGAGAGAUCUCUCUCAUACUGCAGUUUCCAAAUUUGUGUUGGACAGAAUAUUUGUGUGUGACAAGCACAAGAUCCUGUUUUGUCAGACGCCAAAAGUGGGCAACACUCAGUGGAAAAAAGUCUUGAUCGUUUUAAAUGGAGCAUUUUCUUCCAUAGAAGAGAUCCCAGAAAACAUUGUACAUGAUCAUGAGAAGAAUGGCCUUCCACGCUUGUCCUCUUUCAGUGACUCUGAAAUUAAAAAACGACUGAAUUUAUACUUCAAGUUUUUUAUUGUUAGAGAUCCAUUUGAAAGACUUAUUUCUGCGUUUAAGGACAAGUUUGUGCACAAUCCUCGGUUUGAACCUUGGUACCGGCAUGAAAUUGCUCCCGGCAUCAUUCGUAAGUACAGGAAGAAUCGCACAGAGACCAAAGGGCUGCAGUUUGAGGAUUUUGUGCGCUACCUGGGGGACCCUAAUCACCGAUGGCUGGAUGUUCAGUUUGGUGACCACAUCAUUCACUGGGUAACAUAUGUGGAACUUUGUGCUCCCUGUGAAAUCACGUACAGUGUGAUCGGACACCACGAAACCCUGGAGGACGAUGCUCCGUAUAUCUUGAAAGCAGCUGGCAUAGACCACUUGGUAUCGUACCCCACAAUCCCACCAGGCAUAACAGUGUACAACAGAACAAAAGUAGAGCGGUAUUUUUCAGGAAUUAGCAAGAGAGACAUAAGACGCCUCUAUGCACGAUUUGAAGGCGAUUUUAAACUCUUUGGUUAUCGUGAGCCUGAUUUCUUGCUUAACUGACACCUGGGAUAAGAUCUGAAAAAGUGUCUCAUGGAUUAAUCUAAACCUGUGUGAAUACCAGCUGCAACACUGGCAGAGCUGAGAAUGACCAUUUGUUUUCUAGCUUUUUGACGUUGCUUCACUUUUCAGUGAAAUAUAUUUGUCAUAUGAACAACUAGGGACUUAUAGCUGUUGUUUCCUGACCAUGUUUUCAGCGCGUUAUUGCAAUCUGUUAGGAAUUAUGUCUCUGUUAUCAAAAAUACAGAAUUUGACUUCUCCCCUCUUCCCUCCAGGAAAAAAGAGGGAGAACAAAUGGGCUACGAUCUUCCUCCCCUCCCAGACAGAAUGCCAUUUUUGAAAUGUUAAGUAUUUGUAAAGGUGGCAAUUUCACUGUAGGUUAACCCUGACAUGUGGGUAAACAUAAUGAUUCCUCCUCAUGAGAAAGUCAUGUAGUCUCCCAUGAGUUUUGUAAAUCAGAGGCCAGUACAAGACUAGAAAUUAAUUAAAUGCUUGACAAAUGUAGCCAUCUAGGUUCUGUCAUGUGACUGCUGCAAUAACGCUGAUCUAAUCCCAUUCUUGUUUGUCAAAAAAUGAACCUAAUUAGACAGAAGCUUUUAGGGAUGUACAAAAAUGAACUGGUUCCACAUCCCAAUUGUCUCUGUAUUUUUGUCAAGUGUUUACUGUAUUUACUACUAGUGUAUUGAGCCUCAUAAUUCUACUUUUGAUUUUCAAGAGAUUAUUUAACUCCUGGCUAUGUAAGUUAUGUGAGAACACCAGCUGCAAGUGGAGCAUAGAAGAAAUAUGAAACUGGUAAGGAAAAUUAAUUUAAGGUAUCAGUUGUAUUUGUGGGAGCAUAUAUAAUAAUCACAAGAUGCUCUCAUGCAAUUUAACUUGUCUUUUCUUCUAACAGUUAAGAUUAAUAAAGAAGUUACAAAAGCAAGAUGUCAUAUUAAAGAGCUGCUUACUUGGAUUAAAGGUCCACCUUUUUCUUGUAUCCAGCCUUGUUCUUAUAUCCAGUACCUCAGAGAAUGGAAAGUUUAUCCCCCUCUGAAAAUUCAUCUCCCUACUGCUAAAGGAGAGAAGACAAGAUGAAUCCCUGAUUUUUCCAGUGAUUCACUGCCACAGUGUCCCAAGUCAAAAAUUACUAAUAUUUAUGUUACUGAUCUGGUAAAUCAGCUAUUUGCCAAAAGUUUAAAUGUUGCCUAAAUUUGUGUACCCAUUUUAUGCGUUAAAAAAAAAAAAAAAAUAACUGAA